AUGGAAUCUCUUAUACCAGUCGUGAACAAAUUACAAGAUGUUUUUGCAACGUUAGGACGACGCGAAGAUCAAAUACAAUUACCCCAGAUCGUUGUUAUUGGUUCACAGAGUGCUGGAAAGAGCUCAGUAUUAGAAAAUCUUGUUGGUAGAGAUUUUUUACCACGAGGAACAGGGAUCGUAACAAGGAGGCCGCUUAUACUUCAUCUUUCCCAUGUUCCAGCUGAUGAUGAAUUUAGACGGAGAAAGCCCGACGGGUCAAUGAUCACAGAUGAUUGGGCAAUGUUUGAACACACUGGAAGUAAAAUCUUCACUGAUUUUUCUUUGGUUCGGAAAGAAAUAGAAACUGAAACUGACAGAGUGACUGGUACAAAUAAGGGUAUUUCUCCUAUCCCUAUUAUUCUCCGGAUUUACUCGAAAAACGUCGUCAACCUGUCACUAGUGGACUUACCUGGAAUUACAAAAGUUCCCGUUGGCGAUCAGCCGCCAAAUAUCGAGGAACAAAUACGUGAAAUGCUGGUUACUUAUAUUUCUAAUCCUUCAUCAAUUAUAUUGGCAGUAACUCCUGCAAAUCAAGAUUUUGCUACAUCUGAACCCAUCAAGAUGGCACGAGAAGUCGAUCCUGAAGGGCAACGAACACUAGCAGUUCUAACAAAACUGGAUCUCAUGGAUCAGGGAACAGACGCCAUGGAUGUUUUGAUGGGCAAAAUUGUGCCAGUGAAGCUAGGUAUCAUAGGCGUUGUGAAUCGCUCGCAGCAAGCAAUCAUAGACAAUAAACCAAUCGGGGAUGCCAUAAAGGACGAGCUCGCGUUUCUUCAUCGCAAGUAUCCGACUCUUGCCAGUAGGAACGGAACUCCUUAUUUAGCAAAAAAGCUCAAUCUUCUUCUUAUGCAUCACAUUCGAAACUGUUUACCGGCAUUAAAAGCGCGAGUAUCAAUCAUGCACGCUCAAUGUCAAGCAGAUCUUCUGGCAUUUGGAGAGCCAGUAGACGACAAAAGCCGAACUCUCCUUCAAAUAAUAACACGAUUCGCUACAGCAUAUACUUCUACAAUUGAAGGAACGUCACGAAAUAUUGAAACAACGGAGCUAUGUGGAGGCGCGCGUAUUUGUUUCAUCUUCCACGAAACCUUUGGGAAGUCUUUAGAAAGUGUCAAUCCACUCGAAAAUCUGACUCAGAUGGACAUAUUGACCGCAAUCAGGAAUGCUACGGGUCCUCGUCCAGCUCUUUUCGUACCAGAAGUGGCGUUUGAGCUGUUAUCAAAUCGUCAAAUUCGCGCGUUGGAAAGAAUCCUAGCUUGA